AUGAAUAUGUACAGAGAUAACCUACCUAUUAUUAUUGUUCAAGAUGCCAACAAUGAUCCUAUUUCUACAACACAGGAUGUAUUGAAUCAACUUGAACUCGUUAAAUACAGUUCCCAUCUAAAAGGAAUUGAUUUGAGCCAGUUUAUGCAGAUGACGGACGAAAAAGACUUCCAGAAGUUUGGUAUUCGAAAACAAAAAGACUGCCAAAAAUUAUGUUCUACUGCACAGUCCAUACGACGAUCUUCCAUUGACAGUAGUAUAUUUACUACGGACGAGGAAAUUGAUUAUCCUAGCGAAGAAGAAGUAGAAUGGCCUAAUUCUAUUGCUCGUCCUCUAGAAGCUCAACCCAGACGACUUUCUUUACCUGCCUAUUCAUCGCCUGCAGAAGAAAUAGACAAGAAACGAAGGUAUUCUUACCAUGCUUUGGAAGAAGAAGUGUUGCCCACGUAUUCCUGUACACUGCAUAAAUUAGGGAAAGCUAAGGCCAAAAUUGAAUACCAGUCACCUGGUAAAAGAACAAGGCGACGUCCCUGGAGAGAUGUCUAUAUGGAACUGAAAGGUACCAUGUUACGACUCUAUGAACAAAAAGAUAACAAUGGUCGAUAUCAUUACCUUCCUACCUUAACAGCUUAUUACCAACAAUCCAUCACCUAUACUCGCUUGCUUGAUUUAUCGCUUGCUUAUGCCAAAGUAGAUCAUGCAGAUGACUAUACAAAACGAUCCAAUGUCUUUCGUAUCCAGACAGCUUCAGGACCACAAGUCUUGUUUCAAGUACAAACCAAUGCUGCUGUCUCUCUUUGGAUAGAGAAAAUCAUGACAGGUAAACAAGUGUCAUUGUAA